AUGAACAAGCUACUUCGUGAUCAUAAGCACUUUAUUAAAGCAUUUAUUAAUAAUAUUAUAAUCUUCUCAGAUUUAUUUAAGAACUAUCUGAAGCAUUUCAAUAUUGCUCUGAAUAUCUUUGAUAAGAAGGGAAUCUCUAUUUCUUUUACAAAGAGUUAUAUCGGUUUCCUCUCAAUUGAACUUCUUAGCUUCUAUAUCGAUAUGCUUAGCCUGUUUAUUACAAAGAAACAUACUAAAGCCUUUCGGAAGAUAAUCUUCUUUAGAAAUCUUAAGAAUUUCGAAACUUAUCUUAGUAUAACUGGUUUCCUAUGA